UCGGCUGAUUCAUUAGGAAAUCUGAUGGGCUCUUCGCUCGCGUGCUUUACUGCGGCCAUCCCAUCCAGACCGUGCAUGGCUCGCUGGACUGGACUCCUCUGGGAGAGUUGAUUCAGAUUCUACAGCCUUUUGUUCCAGAGGAUAUCGUGAAGAUGUGUAAACAGAAUAUUGAUAAAAGGUGAUGAUAUCAUCUGAAUAGUACCUGAUAACUAUCCUAUCGCCAUCUCGUCUCAUCUCAUCUAAUUCGACGUCUUAUCCGGCCUAUCUUAUCUUGCUUAUAAAUGGAUCCUUCGAGUGCCCGAUUCAAAACCUGUCUUGGGCGCUUUAUUCUUGAUUCUUCCCUCUCAUAAUCAAUUCGGAUGAUCGAGUAUUGACAUCCAGUUGGAUUCUAUUGUCUUAUUGUUCUAUCCUUUGAAUAAGUGUUAAACAUGGCGACGGAGGAAACCCCCCUUAUCCAACCUCCUCGACAGGGGCCAAGCUUUAGAAGGAAAUUGGUUAUCGCUGCCUUCAUCGGCGUCACCAUGAUUAUCCAGACUACUAAUGUCUCCAUGAUGACCACCACGCAGUCCCUUAUCGCCGCUGACCUUGAUGCCUUUGAUAAGACGACAUGGUUCACAUCUGCCUAUCUAAUCCCCAUGUCGAGUGCCAGUCCGCUAUCAGGCCGCCUCUCACACAUCUUCACUCCAAGAGUCUAUCUCAUCGCCAGCUGCGCGCUCAUGUCUCUCGGUCUCUUCGUCACCGCCUCUGCACACUCGCUAGCCGUCUUCCUUACUGGUAGGGCCAUCGCCGGCUGUGCCGCUGGUGGGCUGAUGGGCACGUCGACCAUUCUUAUUCUUGAGUUGGCGAGUACCAGGCGGCGAGGCUUGUGUCUGGGGAUGUUGAAUGCUGGGUAUACCACGGGAAUAGCUUCGGGGGCCAUCGUUGCGGGCUUGGUGGCGCCUAAAUACGGAUGGCAAGUGAUUUUCUGGUUUCAGGCCUUCAUCAUGCUGGCCAUGACUCUGUCAUUGUUCGUCGCCAUCCCACCCGUCGUGCAAGAAGAGGAGCAGGAUAAUUCACUGCUCGAGAAGCUCGGAAGAGUAGACUAUGCAGGAGCCAUUGCUUUAGCCAUCUCUGUCUUCCUACUGCUCUUCAGUCUCUCGUCAGCACAGAUCCAGACCACCCCCCUCCUCCUAUCCAUCCUCGCAAUCACAGUCUUCCUGGCCAUCGAAUCCAGACUCACCUCCCGCGGCGCUGAACCCAUCAUCCCCAUUUCCAUCCUCAAGAUGCGCAGCGUGGUCUUGACCUGUGCCGCCGGGAUGGCCGCCAUGAUGACCCGCUGGUCCGUCCUCUUCUAUACCCCGAUCUACACCAUGGCGGUGCGUGGCUGGUCGCCCGGAUCGGCAGGGUUGAUCCUCUUGCCUACCAAUGCAGGCUUCGGUCUGGGUGGGUUGGUCGUUGGAGCCGUUCAUAUCAAGGGGGGGGGAGGAUACUACACCUCCUGCGUCGUCAUUCUCGUCCUUCUUUCCAUCUUUACGGCCGCGCUCUCGCUGCUCUCCACCGCCUCCUCGCCCGUCAGCGCCUACAUCCUCGCCACGUUCGUGAACGGCUUCUGCGCCGGCGCCAUGGUCAACUAUACCCUCUCGCACAUCUUGCAUCUAACCGCCACGCCGCUACACUACAUCAUCACCGCGCUGGUGGGCAUGUCGCGCGGGUUCGCAGGCAGCUUUGGGUCCGCGAUCGGCGGCGGGCUCUUCACGCGCGUCCUCAAGGCCCAGCUGGAGAGCGCGUUCCAUGCCCACGAGGUGCCGGACAGCGAGAAGCUCAUUCGUCGUCUGCUCGGCAGUCCUACCCUAGUGUCUUCCCUGGAGGGGGUGGAACGCAAUAUCGCCAUCGAGGGAUACCAGCACGCCACGCGCACUCUUUUUCUCACGGGGGCCGGUCUCGUUCUCGUCGCGGCGGCUUUGCAGGCGGGGACCGGUUGGGAGCCUGAGACCAAGGAAGAAGUGGACGAGAUGAGUGAGGCAUAA